AUGCGGUCUACCUUGAAUAAGCCUGCUGCUCAAUCGCACCUCGCUGUGACAUGCGCAGCAUGGAACAACCUGCAAAAAUAUAUUGCGGGUGAGCCUAUUGCCAUUGAUGGUACUACUUUGGAUUUGGCGGCCGUCGUGGCAGCUUCAUACCACGACUGCACCCCGGUGCUUACCAAUGAUCCUUCAGUGCAAAAUCGUAUCACUGCCAGCGUGGAUGUCCUAAUGGAUCAUCUCACAAAAGGCCACAAUGUUUACGGUGUCAACACUGGAUUUGGCGGAAGCGCUGACUCCCGAACGGACAAGUGGGCCUCAUUGCAAGCAGCACUGCUGCAGCUCACGCAAGCGGGUGUUUUGGUUAAUGCCGACAAGGACCCUGGCUCCCUGGAUAGCUCAAGUAGCUUUGGGGCCCAUGCUAUGCCCGGAUCAUGGGUGCGUGCCACGAUGGUGGUUCGAUCCAACCAUUCAGCACGCGGUCAUUCCGCCGUCACGAUUCCUGUGAUCCAAUCGGUCUUAAAGCUACUAGAGAUGCGAAUUACGCCCGUGGUUCCUCUUCGGGGAUCAGUCUCAGCUUCCGGAGAUUUGAUGCCCCUGGCCUAUAUCGCCGGCGCGAUUCAGGGUAGCCCUGAUAUUCAUGUGCAGACGCCGAAUGCUUCGCCCGCAACUGGUGUGAGAGUCACUACCGCGUUGGACGCAUUGAAGGCUGCGGGCGUGAACCCUGCUCAAUUGGGACCGAAGGAGGGACUGGGCCUAGUGAAUGGUACCGCUUCUUCGACCGCUCUGGCUAGUCUGGUCAUGUUUGAAACACACCAGCUGGCGGUGCUGACACAGGUACUGGGAACGAUGGCAGUAGAGGCUCUCCAGGGUAACUCGGAGAGCUUCCAUCGCUUCAUUUCUGCCGUUCGGCCUCAUGCUGGACAGAUCGAGGCCUCGAGAAACAUGAUGGCCAUGUUGCAAGGAUCUUCUCUCGCUAAGGGCAUUCUCAGCAAGAAGAACCACCACGAGCAGGGACUGGAGCAAGAUCGAUACGCCCUACGCAGUGCACCACAGUGGAUUGGCCCGCAGCUAGAAGACCUUCUCCUUGCGCACAAACAGGUUGAAGUAGAGCUGAACUCUACAGCAGACAACCCCUUGGUCGAUAGUGAGAAUGGUGAGAUCUACUACGGAUGUAACUUCCAGGCGGCUGCCAUGACUUCUGCAAUGGAGAAGUCACGUUUGUCACUACAGAUGAUGGGAAAGCUGCUGUUCGCUCAGUCCACAGAGAUGAUGAACCCAGACUUGAGCAAUGGAUUACCCACCAACCUUGUUGCGGAUGAUCCAAACUGCUCCUUUACGAUGAAGGGCGUCGACAUCAGUAUGGCUGCUUAUAUGGCUGAACUGGGAUAUCUUGCCAACCCGGUCAGCUCCCAUGUGCAAUCUGCUGAGAUGCAGAACCAGUCGGUCAACUCGAUGGCGUUUGUCUCAGCACGCUACACGCUGCAAUCCGCCGAACUUGUCUCCCUUAUGUCCGCCGCCUUUAUCUAUAUUGCUUGCCAGGCUCUUGAUCUCCGAGCCAUGCAUCUGGGCUUCUUGUCUAGGCUAUCUUCAAUCAUUCCUCCCACGCUGAGUGGCUUUGCCCCAGUUUUGUCCUCCGAGGAGCGGAUCAUGUUGGCCAAUGCCCUGGAGCGCCACAUGGUUAGCAAUUGGAAAACAACAUCCAAGUUGGAGGCGACGGCCCGUUGCCAAAUCCUGGUUGACUCCUCCUUGGCAAUCAUUCUCCAGGCACUCGUCCAAAGCAAGACCCCUGCCCCUCAAGAGCCUUGUAACACGACCGCUGUUCUGGGAGCUUGGAAAACCCAGACUUUGAAUGCUCUGGUCAGUGCCUAUCAUGACAACAAGGAUGCGUUUUUUGCUCACCAGCACACGGAAGAGCUGCUGGGUAUGGGAUCCAAAUUAAUCUAUAAUUCUGUUCGGAAGGAUCUGCAAGUCCCCUUCCACCAAGGAUUUACUGAGCAUCCCACGGUGGAGAGUGACCGACUUGACGGAAGAGCAAAGAAGACGGUGGGUAGCUGGAUUUCAAUCAUCUAUGAAGCGCUACGGACUGGUAAACUGCAGAAGCCAUUGAUGAGCUGGUUGUCUGAGAACAUCGCCGCGUUUGAGUAA